CGGGGUCGCGGUUGGGGCGCUUCGCUCAGACCCGACCGGAGUGUGCGCGCCGCUGACGCUCGGCCUGGAGCCCGCGGGCGGGACCGUGCUCGGCUCCGCCAUGCGCGCCGGGAGUAACGAGCCCGACGGCGUCCUCCGCUAUCAGAGACCAGAUGAAGAAGCUGUGGUGGAUCAGGGUGGGACCAGUACAAUUCUCAACAUUCACUAUGAGAAAGAAGAGUUGGAAGGUCAUAGGACUCUGUACGUGGGGGUUCGGAUGCCACUGGGCAGGCAGAGCCAUCGGCAUCAUCGAACUCAUGGCCAGAAGCACCGGAGACGAGGCCGGGGUAAAGGAGCUGGCCAAGGGGAGGAAGGCCCGGAGGCCCUGGCACACGGUAUCACCCUUGGGAGAGAAGACACACCAUCUCAGCGUGUUCAGUUCAUUCUUGGCACUGAGGAGGAUGAGGAGCACGUACCUCAUGAGCUGUUCACAGAGCUGGAUGAGAUCUGUAUGAAAGACGGAGAAGAUGCUGAGUGGAAAGAGACAGCCAGGUGGCUGAAGUUUGAAGAAGAUGUUGAAGAUGGGGGGGAACGCUGGAGCAAGCCCUAUGUGGCAACCCUUUCAUUGCACAGUCUCUUUGAGCUAAGGAGCUGCCUUAUUAAUGGAACGGUCCUUCUGGAUAUGCGUGCAAAUAGCAUAGAAGAAAUUUCAGAUCUGGUCCUGGACCAGCAAGAACUGUUCAGUGACCUGAGUGACAGCAUGAGGGUUAAAGUACGGGAAGCCCUUCUCAAAAAGCAUCAUCAUCAGAAUGAAAAGAAGAGAAGUAACCUCAUUCCCAUUGUUCGCUCCUUUGCUGAGGUUGGCAAGAAGCAGUCUGAUCCACAUUCGAUGGAUAAAAAUGGUCAAACUGUGUCUCCUCAGUCUGUUCCAACUACAAAUCUUGAAGUAAAGAAUGGAGUGAAUUGUGAACACAGUCCUGUGGAUUUAAGUAAGGUGGACCUUCAUUUCAUGAAAAAAAUCCCCACUGGGGCAGAGGCCUCGAACGUCCUGGUUGGAGAGGUGGAUACUCUGGACCGCCCCAUCGUUGCCUUUGUGAGGCUUUCUCCAGCUGUUCUUCUCUCAGGCUUGACAGAAGUGCCCAUCCCAACAAGAUUUUUAUUUAUCCUAUUGGGUCCAGUAGGGAAAGGUCAGCAGUACCAUGAGAUUGGCAGAUCCAUGGCCACCAUCAUGACAGAUGAGAUUUUUCAUGAUGUGGCAUAUAAGGCCAAAGAUCGAGAUGAUCUCCUGGCGGGGAUUGAUGAGUUCCUAGACCAGGUGACGGUGCUCCCUCCAGGGGAGUGGGACCCUUCCAUUAGAAUUGAGCCACCCAAAAACGUCCCUUCCCAGGAGAAAAGAAAAAUGCCUGGAGUUCCAAACGGAAACGUUUGCCACAUAGAACCAGAACCACAUGGGGGCCACAGCGGGCCAGAACUUCAGCGCACUGGGCGGCUCUUUGGAGGCUUGGUGCUGGACAUCAAGCGGAAGGCCCCUUGGUACUGGAGCGACUACCAGGACGCACUCAGCUUACAGUGUUUGGCCUCCUUUCUGUUCCUGUACUGUGCCUGCAUGUCACCUGUCAUCACCUUUGGGGGAUUGCUUGGAGAAGCCACUGAGGGACGCAUAAGUGCAAUUGAAUCCUUGUUCGGAGCCUCCAUGACUGGGAUUGCCUAUUCCUUGUUUGCAGGACAGGCUCUCACCAUCCUGGGAAGCACUGGGCCAGUGCUUGUGUUUGAAAAGAUUUUGUUCAAAUUCUGCAAAGACUAUGCUCUUUCAUACCUCUCCUUGCGUGCUUGUAUUGGACUGUGGACCGCCUUCCUAUGUAUUGUUCUUGUGGCAACUGAUGCCAGUUCCCUUGUCUGCUACAUUACUCGCUUCACUGAAGAAGCAUUUGCCUCCUUAAUUUGCAUAAUUUUCAUCUAUGAAGCAAUAGAAAAGCUGAUUCACCUGGCAGAGACCUACCCCAUCCACAUGCACAGCCAGCUGGACCACCUUAGCCUGUAUUACUGCAGGUGUACUGUCCCAGAGAAUCCAAACAAUCACACACUACAGUAUUGGAAGGACCAAAACAUCGUGACAACAGAAGUCCACUGGGCUAACCUGACUGUUACUGAAUGCCAGGAGAUGCAUGGAGAGUUCACAGGACCUGCAUGUGGCCAUCAUGGACCCUAUACUCCUGAUGUGCUGUUUUGGUCCUGCAUUCUCUUCUUCACCACCUUCAUCCUUUCAAGCACCUUAAAGACAUUUAAGACAAGCCGCUAUUUCCCAACCAGAGUCCGCUCCAUGGUGAGUGACUUUGCCGUUUUCCUCACAAUCUUCACAAUGGUGAUUAUUGAUUUUUUGAUUGGAGUCCCAUCACCAAAACUUCAAGUUCCAAGUGUGUUCAAGCCAACAAGGGAUGAUCGAGGGUGGAUUAUUAGUCCCAUUGGCCCCAAUCCCUGGUGGACUGUGAUAGCUGCAAUUAUCCCAGCUCUACUCUGCACUAUCUUAAUAUUCAUGGACCAGCAGAUCACAGCUGUUAUCAUUAACAGGAAGGAACACAAGCUCAAGAAAGGCUGUGGUUACCACCUGGACCUGCUAAUGGUGGCCAUCAUGUUGGGUGUCUGCUCCAUCAUGGGCCUGCCCUGGUUUGUGGCUGCAACUGUCCUGUCCAUCACACAUGUGAACAGCCUCAAACUGGAAUCUGAGUGCUCCGCUCCUGGAGAACAGCCCAAGUUCUUGGGCAUCCGAGAACAGAGAGUGACAGGCCUUAUGAUUUUUGUGCUGAUGGGCUGCUCAGUCUUCAUGACGACUAUAUUAAAGUUCAUCCCGAUGCCGGUACUCUAUGGAGUCUUCCUCUACAUGGGCGUCUCUUCACUGCAGGGAAUUCAGUUCUUUGAUCGGCUGAAGCUCUUCGGGAUGCCUGCAAAGCAUCAGCCAGAUUUCAUUUACCUCCGGCACGUGCCGCUACGCAAAGUGCACCUCUUCACCCUCAUCCAGCUCACCUGCCUGGUCCUGCUCUGGGUCAUCAAGGCAUCUCCAGCUGCCAUUGUCUUUCCAAUGAUGGUUUUGGCCUUGGUCUUUGUCAGGAAAGUCAUGGAUCUCUGUUUCUCGAAGCGAGAGCUGAGCUGGUUAGAUGAUCUCAUGCCUGAAAGCAAAAAGAAGAAGUUGGAUGAUGCCAAACAGAAGGCCAAGGAGGAAGAGGAGGCUGAGAAAAUGAUAGAAAUGGAGAGAGACAAGUUCCCCUUAGAGAGCAGGAAGUUACUAAGCAGUACUGGAAAGAACAACAGUUUCAGAUGUGACCCCUCUGAGAUUAAUAUAUCUGAUGAAAUGCCUAAAACCACAGUCUGGAAAGCUCUCAGUAUGAAUCCUGGAAAUACAAAGGAAAAGAGUCUCUUCAACUAGAAGUCUUUGCCGGAUGGAAGAUUUGGGCCAUAAGAUGCCUCAGGGAAGUUCUGGUUACAGAGAAGAUGGCAAAUUUCUCAGAGAAGAAGCAAGACCAAGUCUGGCCCUGUCCUUGGUCACGUCUAAGCCAUGCCGAAGCAUUCAGUUAUUCAUGGUGUGUGUUGGAGGGCAUCCAGCUCUCCCCAUACCAGAGCCAGAUGGAAACGUGGAAGCAGAAGACCACCUCCUGUUGGUACUUCUCCUCUUCCUUCUCUUUCUCGUCAAAACUGCCACUAUUGAAGACCCAGCUUCCCAUCUUCCUGCCAUCUUCUCUGAAACGCUCUGCUGGCCUGCCAAGCCAGAUGGAUCUGUGCUGCCAUGAGGAUUCCGUUAAUGAGGUUUCUUUUCCUAAAGGAUGGGGUAGGGAAGUGGGAGCAGAGCAGAGAGAAAAGGGAAGGCUCUCUAGUCCCAUAGUAUCUGUGGGCUCCUAGGCAGCCCUGGGCCUUGGUUGGAAUGCCUGCUCUGGGGGAUGCUGGUCAGAGGCUGUCAGGAGGGUUGGCUACCAGGAGUCAGCGGCCUGGGCAUUGGCAGUGCCCACCACUGCAGGCAGAAGACUCCUCUGCCCUGGGUGCACCUUCAUUGUUCCCUAGCAGCAGUUUGCAUAACUCAGCAAGAACCUUGGAUGAUGAAAGAGCCAAGAAGGACAUUGGAGUUGUUUAGCUUAGACAGGAAAAGGCUUGGGAGAAAAUCAAUAAUGAGAAGUGAGGGUGAGUAGCUUCUCUUGGUUUCAUUGAGGAUAGAGUUAGAGACUGAACUUAAAUUGCUAUAGAAAGAUUUAGUGUAGACACUAGGAAGGACUUCCUAAGCUGAAAAUGUGUCCUAGUGUCUGCUUUCUAAAUAUCUGGGAAAGGUUUGAUAAUAGUUGUUUGUGAGUGGAGAGGAGAAAAGGUGUUUUUAUUGGCCAUGUUGUAGAAACAUCCAUGUCUUGCUACUCUCUCUUGAGAACACAUUUGAUUGCAUUCCUGGAGAUAGCCAAGUGCUUAUGUAAUGUGUCCUUAGCUGCCUUAGUAGUGAACCGCCAUCAACUCAAUGGACCCAAGUCACCUUUAGCCGUGUGGUUUCUUCAUCAUCAUGGAUUUCUGUUGGUUGACAAAUGUUCUGGCUCUCAGAUCUAAAAAGCCACAUUGGGAAAUGAACUGCAAGUGGUAAAAUUAAUCUUUUAUUUAGUUUACAACUACAUUUAUAGUUUUUUCUCUUCUCUGUUGCAGCAAAUAUCAAUGGUUUGGGCUCCAGUGUGUAUAGAUCUUCCCUUCCUUUGUGCACAGAAUGUGACUAGCAAGCAUGUCAGCACCCAAGGAAUCCGAUCAUAUUAGUUUUCCAUCCUGGAAAAUGUUUGUAUAGUGGGAUGUUCCCUCAGUGUGCUCGCCUUUCCAUAGGUGAAGCAUUGGCUACAUACCUUAAUGGAAUUUUGCAUUCCUUAGACUUUUAAAUAUAUUAGUGUAUUCUAGGCUUACUCUAAGGACCUUUGAUAUUAAGGGAAUCCUGCAAUUCUUUCAUAUUUUCCUAACUCUUAGAGCCACAGUUAUUUUACUACACAGAUGAUUUUCAAAAUAUUUAACAACUGGCAUAGGAUGGACACCAUCCACUCAGAAUGGACGCCUGCUAUAAACAAGCAAUAUAUGUGAUCUGAAUGGCAUGCUGCUUUCAGAUGCUAAAAUGAUAUCCCUUUGAGUUGUGGGAAUUGUUCCUGGUUUUUCUGAUUUUCUACUUACAAGGAAGCCUCCACUUCCUUUCAUGUGGUGCAGACAGGAAUCGGAAUUCUUUGAACUAUACGGGCAUUAAAAUCUUUGUGGGCCAUCGCUUCACAUUGUGUCAUUUAGGAUAAAUGUAGUAAUUGUGCCCAUUUACAUCGACCUACCUAACCUAGAAAAGUCAAAAGGCAACCUUUCAGAGGGAAAAGCUUUCCUGCUAGCUCACCCUGUUCCUCUCUGCUGCUUCCUUGAGCUGCUUUCUUUUUCACCUUUGUUUUCGGAGAAUACGCCUGCCUACGCUGUCCCUCCAUCUUGCCCCUCCCAUCUUCACCUGCCACCUCUGCGUAGGGAAGUUGGUGACUGCUUCACCUAUUCCCUAGCCUCAGCGUGGUUGUAAGAAAUGUAACAGGGAAAAGCCCUUCGUGCAAUGAAACUGGGUGACAAUAUCACUCAGAAAAAUCUCUCUUCUAAUACACUAAUGUCUUGCGAUACUUGGUGUCUGCUAGGCUUCCUCAGAGUAGGGAACCUGCCUUUGUUAACUGUGCAGAGCAGUGACAGGACCACGUGUGCACUUUGGAGUCCCAAACCAGACCCUCCCAGAUUACUGCGCCUUAGGAACUUUAGCUGCUUUCGCAGGCUGUGCCAAUACUUGUAGGCCACUAGAUUUUUCUCAGACAAUAGCCAGACUCAUUUCUGCUACAUCGCUCUUCUGUUUCUCUGCUCCACCAAACACUCAAUCUCAGUCCUGGCUGCUUCCUUGCUCAGGUCUGUGGCUGGUGACUGGGGUGGCAGAGUCAAGCUGGGCUGUGUGUGGAAUAGGAAACUGGGAGUGGAGGUGAAGCAGCAGCAGCAUAUGUGUGUGUGUGUGUGUGUGUGUGCAUAUGCAUAUGUGCUUAUCCAUAAACUUUCAUUGCUGCUAUUAGUCAGCCUGUGCACCUAAUCUGUGAGGAUAUCAAAAUAAUAUGAUCAUUCCCCUAUCUAUGGAUUCCCCUCUCAGACUUCUCCACUAGAAUAGCUUGAGGACAAACAGGCUGGUUAGUCUGUAGAAAAAGGUGAGAAACUGACUUAGGGGUGGGAAGCAAGGCAGGUAGUUAGGUGAAUCCUGUGCCCAGGUGUUUGGGCCAGAGAAGCAGUCACCUCUUUCAUGACAAGGGCAGAAUUCAGUUGAGUGUUGGUAGACCAGUGGGCUGGUCGUACAGAGGCCCGGGAUUUAAGAAAGUGAUAACGAGUGGAAUCUUGGUUCUAAGGGGGAAGGAAGAAUUGGCAUUGCUAAGAGGGUGUGCUACUUCCUAGCCCAUGACUUCUGGGGAGGGUCUGGAGAGAAGGUGCAGACCAGCAGAAAUAUUGCUGUGAAGUUGCCAAAUGCGUUUGGUUGCAUAAAAUGCAGGCUAGCUCUUUGAGGCUAUAUAUGAUUUCAGACUUCUGAUGAUGGAAUAAUCAAGAGAUCUGGCCUUUAUCAUAUACAGCUCCUAUCCCUGUCUCCUUAUUUAGAGAACUUUGCCUUUAGGAUAGAGGGGUAGUGAGCCAUACAUUUCCAAAAGAGGGUGUGAACAUUUGCUAUUUCUCUUUGUCUGGGAUGUGACUGGCUUUUAAAUUAUUAAAAAAAUGUUUUUUUAAAAAAUAUGUUUCUGUUGAUUUUAGAGAGAGAGGAAGGGAGAGGGAGAAAGAGGAAAAGAAACAUUGAUGCAAGAGAGAAACAUCUAUUGGUUGCCUCCUGCACACACCCCAACCAGGGACGGAACCUGCAACCUGGGCAUGUGCCCUGACAGGGACACAGGACGACGCUUUACCAACUGAGCCACACUGGCCAGUCAUAAAUGUUUGAUAAAAUCUGGUAUGUGCUAAGUCUCAGGCUUGGUUGAUGUCUCAGGCUAUGACCACUGUGACCUUCAAGAGGUCUGUGAUUCUAGGAAUCUGUGGUUUCUAGUCAUCCCAAACAGACAAUCCCCAGUUCUACUUUACUUUCUACCUGCUCAACUCCAGACUCUCCUUUUAGUAGAGGAGUCAGCAGUUCUCCCUGAAUCUUCUCCAUUGUUUUCAAUGUCCAUGUUCUGAGACACCACGAUUUCCUGAAGCAUAGGAGGAGACUUGGCCCCGGGCCCCCUAGCUUUCCUUAUAAUGUGCGUGCGUCAGACGUACUAUCCAGGAUGUUCUCUCUGCUACUUUACCAGCUUCUCUAAACUUCUUUUGUAAGAGAGUUAGCACCUUCUCCUGGGACUUCACCAGUGUUUGCUAGUUAGUUACUGCAUUUUCCUUGGACUUCUCAGGUUUCCAAGUCACACCUGGCCGGACACUCAGCAGCCCUGCAGGGAACGUUCUUUCUAGCUGCCGGGCCUCCCUUGAGGUAGGAGGCCUUCCUGUGGGCCGUGGCUGGCCAGAUCAUCCAAGUUCUACCCCUUUUACUAACUCACCUUUUUCAAGCAUCCUUUCCUCUCCUUCCUGCCUUUUCCUCAGUCUUUCAAGUUCUCCGUGGAGAGAAGAAGUUCUUGGUAAGAGGUUCUAAAAACCACCACCAGUUUUGGGGCUGGUGAGAGAGGUGAGGAGGUUUGGGGCUUCUUGCAUAGGGGACAUUAUGGUUAUUUUUCUUAUUUAGGAUGAGGGAUUAUGGAUUCUCAAGCUUUCAGGCUCAUCCAUAUUUCAGUAUAAAUAGAAAAAGACAUUCUAAAACCAAAUAGAAGUGAUUUUUCUACUAAACCAAUUCUUUAUGAUUUUUUUUAAAAAGAUUUUAUUGAUUGAUUCUAGAGAGAGAGAGGAAGGGUAAGAGAGAGCGAGAGAAAGAGAAAACCCUCCAUUUGUUGUUCCACUUAUAUAUGCAUUCAUUGGUUGCUUCUUGUAAGUGCUCUGACCAGGGAUCGAGCCCACAACCUUGGCGUAUUAGGAUAAUACUAAAUCAACUUAGUUACCCAUCCAUGGCUUUUCUUUAUGAUUCUUGGUACCCUUGGUCUCUUACAUCAAUGGAUAGUUGACUCAGUUAACAUUUCUUUACUAGAAAGGAGGCUUAUUUCAUAACCAAUCACUGCUUGAAACAUGAAAAGAGGGAAGGAGAAUUCUGUGAAUCUUUUCAGGAGGAAAAUCUAGGAAAAUCCAGAAGGUGGAAUGAUUCAUCUAUAGGCGUAAUUCUUGUAGGAGAUUCUGUGCUCAAAGGGAAUGGAAUGGUUUCUAAUCCUUCUGAAAAGGAACAACACUCUUCUUUAACCUAACCCACUUUCGGCUUUGGAGAAUACAGAGCUUUGUCUUCUAGCUGAUGGCAUUAAUAUUUCCUGAGAGAGAGAACCCACCCACGGCACUGUUCUGAGCCCAGCCGAAAUCAGCAGAGCUAGGGCUUCUCUUAGCAGGUUUGCAAUUGACGCCAACACACAGGUUUCUCACACAUGCAAUAAUGUUGGAAACAGAAGUACCAAACUGAAUGUGCAAUUACUCCUUUUGCAAGAGGCCAAAAUCCUCCUCCUCACUCCUUUCUCCCCUGUUCACUCUUCCAAGAUGACGAGCCUUCCUCUUGUUUACCUGUAUUUGUCUGUCUGAUGGUCAGAUAUGGCUGCCCUCCCAAACUAAGGGUGUCGGGUGGAGAGCAGAGCAACCUUCCCAUGGGAGGGGACAACUUGAGGUGCUGGUACAUUUCCCUGUUUUCUAUGUUCUUCUUUCUAGUAGGUUUCAUGUAGAGAUAGAGAUAUUUUUGUUUUAGAGAUUCCAAAGUAUAUAUUUUUAGUGUAAGAAAUGUACCCUCUCUACACUCCAUGGUGUAAAUAGAACCAGGAAUCAUAUGUCGUUGUGAUAACCCCAUAGCAAUCUGUGGCAGGACUAGGACCCCUCUCCCUUACCACCAAGUCUCACAGUCUGGGAACCAGGGGAGGUGAUGCAAUGCCUAGGCCUGCCCAGACUUUCCUGUGCUCAGUGGGCGAAAAAUAAAGUCUGUGUAAACUGCUCA